GGUCAGGAAGAGUUUCCGGGUUCGCUCGUCGCCUUGGAAACGAGGUUUUUCCGGUGGCUUCAGGGGAGGGGCCAAGAUGGCCGAGGAGAAGCCGUCUACGACAGCUCAGUUUCCUGGGACAAUAGAAUCUCAAAAACCUCGCUUGAGAAAAGAUGGUUUAGCUGAAAAAAGGCCAUAUGUGGGGCUCUUACAAGAUCUAAAAGGAAAUGCAGAAGGAGCCAGGCCAGAACAAAUCGUGGGAGCAGUAGGGGCCACUGUAGAAGAAGCCUCCCUACCUAGGACAGCUGCAGAAAGCAAUACCCUUGACCAGUCGAUGAUAACUACGUACAGAGAGGAUCUCUUCUCAUAUUUGGAACUGAAAAAGCUGCACAUGGCAAGCAAACAAGCUGAUAACAGGGAUUUAGCUACAAAAAGCAACUUCCAGCAUAUAUCCUGGGCCUCCGAGUUUCCUAUCUUGGAGAAGCAGAACUGGCUGAUACAUCUUCAUUAUAUCCGCAAAGACUAUGCAGCAUGCAAGGCUCUUAUCAAGGAACAGCUUCAGGAAACUCAAGGGUUAUGUGAAUAUGCUAUCUAUGUCCAAGCUUUAAUAUAUCGUCUUGAAGGGAAUAUCCAAGAAUCCCUAGAACUCUUUCAGUCUUGUGCUGUUCUCAAUCCUCAGAAUGCUGACAACCUCAAGCAGGUGGCCAGGUCCUUAUUUCUUUUGGGGAAACAUAAAGCAGCUAUUGAAGUGUAUAAUGAAGCAGCCAAACUUAACCAGAAAGAUUGGGAGAUCUGCCAUAACUUAGGAGUUUGCUACAUGUACCUGAAACAUUUCAACAAGGCAAAAGACCAGUUGCACAAUGCCCUACAGCUCAACAGACAUGAUCUGACUUACAUAAUGUUGGGAAAAAUUCAUCUGCUGGAGGGGGACCUAGAGAAGGCUAUUGACAUUUAUAAGAAGGCAGUGGAGUUCUCCCCGGAAAGCACAGAGCUGCUUACGACCUUAGGACUACUCUAUUUACAGCUUGGCAUUUACCAGAAGGCAUUUGAACAUCUUGGAAAUGCGCUGACUUUUGACCCUACCAACUACAAGGCCAUCUUAGCAGCCGGCAGCAUGAUGCAGACCCACGGCGACUUUGACGUUGCGCUCACCAAGUACAGAGUCGUGGCCUAUACUGUGCCAGAAAGCCCCCCGCUGUGGAACAACAUCGGAAUGUGCUUUUUUGGCAAGAAGAAAUACGUGGCAGCGAUCAGCUGCUUGAAAAGAGCCAAUUAUUUGGCACCAUUUGACUGGAAGAUCCUGUACAACCUGGGGCUCGUCCAUCUGACUAUGCAGCAGUACGCCUCGGCCUUCCACUUCCUCAGCGCUGCUAUCAACUUCCAGCCCAAGAUGGGGGAGCUCUACAUGCUCUUGGCAAUUGCUCUGACCAACCUGGAAGAUACAGAGAACGCUAGUCGAGCCUAUGCAGAAGCAGUUGCCCUUGAUCAGUCUAAUCCUUUGGUAAAUCUGAAUUAUGCCGUGCUGCUGUACAAUCAGGGAGAGAAGAGGAGGGCUCUGGCCCAGUACCAGGAGAUGGAGAAAAAAGUCACCCUGCUAAAGGGGACCAGUUCUUUGGAUUUUGACCCUGAGAUGGUGGAGAUGGCUCAGAAAAUGGGUGCAGCUCUACAAGUUGGAGAAGCACUGGUCUGGACUAAACCAGCUAAAGAUCUCAGAUCAAAGCAUCGAACAACUUCCAACAGAUCAUCCAAUUUCCAACAGCCCUUGGGUACCAACCAAGCUCUAGGGCAAGCCAUGUCUUCAGCAGCUGGCUAUGGGAAAACCAUACAGCUCCCUACAGGUGCUGGAAGAUCAUCUCACCUUUCAAAGCCUCCUUCCCUCCCUCUGGAGCCAGAGGUGGAUCCAGCCGAAGCGAUAAGGUCUGAGGUCCAAGAACAAGGAGAAAUGCAAAAAAGCAGCCUGGCCCCAGAAUAAAGAUGUCUCCUUGGGAAGAAUGGGGAGGAUUUAGAAAGGUAACGGUAUACCCACAUGCAGUGGCUUUUGGUAGGCAGAGGGCCAAGUCUGGGUGCAGCCUGCAGUCAGGAUCAAGGUGUGGGUCUCCCAGCUUCCCUUCCUGUCAAACCCUAGCAUGAGUCUGAGAAGUCGGGGGUUGUCUAUCCUUUGGAGCUCAGACUAAGGGUGGUCAGAGGGGAGAGGGUCCAUGGGCCCUCAUAGCCCAGCUAAUGUCUAUAAGCCUGCUGGAAGGUACUCUUACUGUCUGGUUGUUUUGGGUACAGAGCAGAAGGGGCACAGACACAGCAGAUUGGUGCCCUCCGGUAACAACCUUCAUCUACAGGCCUGACUCACCUGUGUCCCGAUGGCAAUUCUCAGAGCCUGAAGCUGUGCACUGUAGCAACCACUUGAUUUCUGGCCAGUUGUUAGAGUAGCUGUCUUCAGGCCCAGCUUAGCAAGUGUCCCAGCCUCACCUGCUCCAGGGGAACCCGAAACAUGGCUCUGAGCUCAGCUCAGCUGCUUAAAUGGUCAGAGUCCGGAGCUUAGAGCACGUCGUCCCUGGCUACUGAAUCAACAGUAGCAGCUCUUGUUGGAUGAAAAGGAAGAGCUGCUUGGUCUAAGUUUUUUUUAAGGCAAUCACUGACUACCGUCUAUUUGUAUGUUCUUUAUAGAAUAAAGAUUAUGUAUUGUCACUUGU